ACAGGGUACUUGCAGCGAUUGAGACGUAAUUUUUGUGUUUUUAGUGCCGCUGCAUCAUGAUUAAUGGUAUUUUUUUGAAGUGAAGGAAGUAAAUUAAGAUGGAACGAGUGAAAUUUAUCGAUGGAUUUAACGAAAACUCACAAUUUACGAGCAAAACUCCAACUUCACUUAUUUUGAGACCAAGCUGAAAUGACAAAAUGGCAGCUGACAGGAGCGAAGAUGGUGGUUACGAUGUUGUGUCAACUUCUUUCUCAAAAGAAAUCUGUUACAUAGAUGCACAGAUUAACAGUCUGUUUGACUUAAAUCUAGAUCCACGAUUACUCUCCGUAAAUUUACACUGCAACAACAUUUCUGUGAUAGAGAACCUUGGAAAACUGCAGCACCUCAAACGCCUUGACCUGUCGUCCAAUCGCAUCACAAGGAUGCAAGGCCUUGGUGGUUUGAAGAGUCUAAAAACCCUCAACUUAUCCUGCAAUGAACUGCGAGUAGUAGAAGGAUUAGAAAAUUUAAGGAAUCUAGCCAAGCUGGAUUUAUCCUACAAUGUGAUCUAUGAUCUCUCAGGCCUCAAGAAAAUUCAUGGAUCCUCCUUUAGCUUAAGAACCUUAUAUCUCCAUGGAAAUCAGCUUAGUUCACUGGAUCAUUUUAUUAACUGUCUUGCUGGCUGCAGAAUAUUGAAAGAGUUGACAUUGUCACUGUAUGGGGAAGCCAACCCUGUUUGUGAAAUACCAGAUUAUCGAUCCAGUGUACUGGCUUCACUGAAAAAUGUGGAAGUGUUAGAUGGUCUGGACAGGACUGGGAAACUAGCAGCAACAAGAGACCGCAUGUUUGAUAUUCCAGAAAUGGAUGACUACCUGGAAUAUUUAAAAUCAGAAAGUUCCUCUGAAACCCCCAUGAAAGAAACGAAGUAUGAAGUUUUGACUCCAAAGAUUGACUCGGCACUGGACAGAUUUAGGCAACGAGGACCUCUGUCAUCAGAGACUGAUGCUGGAGAUGAGAAAAGAACAGAGAACCCUACUGAGAAGCGAGCUGUUAAAGUAAGCCUGUCAGCUGAUCAUGAGGUGCGUUUAGAGACUCUUGAACAUCAACUCAACCGUCUGAUUCACAACACAGAAAGAGUGCAGGUUUCAAGGCAGACUAGAAAGCCAAGUGCAGAGCGUGAUAAUAGCCCUUCAGAAGAUUUUGAAUCAACUGAACAGCCUGACAAAAGAAAAAAAUUUCAACUUUCACCUAAAGCGAAAAGAACUCAACGGGUUCCAGUUUCAAAGAAGCCAGGGCAGACAAAGACACGAACCAAGCCAGCGGUUCAUGUUGCUGUGGAGUCAACAAGCUCCACAUCACCAUCGGAUGAACAAGUGAGAAAUUUUACGAUAAAAGGCAAGGCUGCAUUGAAGGGAAGACCUGUUAGGGAUCCAAAAGAUGACGAAACUUUCCUGUCACUCAUUCAAGAACUGGACUCUGAGCGCGAGCGACGAUGGAAAGCUGAACAAGCUGCAAGGCGGAUGGUUGAAGCCAUCAAAGAGCUUCAACAGAGAGAGGCAGAGGAGAAGAAACUAAGAGAGGCUUCUCUUGCGGCGAGCAGUCGCCUGAAGCGUGCAUUGCUCAAAGAGAAGGAAACUAAGGAUUCUUUACAGAAAUCUUUAAAUGAAUUACAGAUCCAUGAUGUCGAGCUAGCUGAAGAGGUAAAGAGAUUGAAGGAAAAUGAAGAAGAACAGCAAAAAGCACUGCGAGCCCUGGAACAAGCCACUACCAAGAUGGAGACUGAAAAGAUUAAACAACAUGCUGAAGCGGUCACACAACUUCAGCAGGAGCAGAUGAAAGUAGGCGCCUUAACAAAAGAGUGUGAACUGUCAAAACACUCAGUGAAACAACUGAAAAGCCAGGUCCACCAACUACAGGAACUCCUCGCCAACAGAGAGCAGGAACACAGGAAGGCGGUGGAAGGCCUGGUGCGAGUGGACGGGAAGGAGAUGCGGGAAAUAGUAGACCGGGAGGCUGCCAAGCAAGAGGGUCUUCACCAGCAGAUAAUUAAAGAAUAUCAAGACAAGUUGAACAAACGCGAUCUGGAUUAUGCUGCACUUGAGAACGAGUUCAGAAUGGGUCUACAGAUUGAAGCUAAUAAGUUCAGCGAGCUGCAAGACGCAUUUGAACGAGUGAGUGAUGAGUGUGCGCAACAGAAAGAGGCUCUACACAUGAUAAAACAGAAGGAGAGCAAAGCAACUAAUAUGGUCAAUGAGCUUACAGCGAUGGUGAAAGAACAACGUGGGAGAAUUAGUGAGCUGUCGCGAGGGAGGCAAGAAGUUGUCGUAGAGUACAAGGAAAGAAUACAAAGUUUAGAGGAACAAUUGAAGGAGACUAAUAAGCAGUUGACAAGACUGGAAGCCCUAGAACAGGACAAAGAUAAGUUGACAGCUCAAAUACGAGCCCAACUGUCAGUUAUUGAAGGCCUGAGAACUGAAAGAAAACUAUGGAGCGAGGAGCUUGCCCAACAAGGAUCGUCCCUUGCUCAGGAUCGUGGUAGAAUGGAGGCUCGCAUAGAGGCGCUAACUGCUGAAGUCAGUGAACUGAAAAAGGAAUGCCAGAGUGCUAAUGAAACAAUUGCUAUUAAGGCCAAAGUUAUAGAGGAUCAAACGGACUCCAUCAGGAAGCUCAAACAGAAAAUUGCAGAUCAGGACUCUGACCUGCGCCAGUGGAAUGAAGACAGCAAAACACGCGAGAAAAACUUUGAAGAACAGCUAGCUGCUGAGACAUCAACGAAUCACGAGUUACAGGAACAAUUGGAUGGACUCGUAGACCGCAAGGAAUCACUCAAACAAGAACUGAGGAAAACACAGGAAGAGUUAGAAACCAGUAAGGAAAAUCACAGGAUUUUGAAAACCAAAUGGCAAGAAAAGAGUGAACUGAUAGGAAAGCUGGAGAAAGAAGUUCUUGAGAUGCGAAAUAACUUUAAAGUAAAGGAAAACACUUUGAUUGAAGAGAGAGACAAAGCUGUGAAGGCGGCCGAUUCCGCCGUAGAGAGAUUAAAAGCAUGUGAUGAUGCUUUCCGCAAACAGCUAGAACAAGAACGACGGGCGCACGAGCAACAGUUUCAGACACUAACCAAUGAAAACCAGCAGGAGAUAGAACGAGCAAAUAAUAGGGUCUCGGAAGUGGAAGAUGAGAUGCGCAUACUUCUACAAGAGAAUGCACUGACCAAAAAAACUUUAGAGAAACGCCUGCAGAAACUCACUUCUGCUUUCACUGAAAUUCAAAAUGACUUGGCUGGAACAUGAAUCUACUCACAAAUACUUUCAACAAAUUGCAAAUAUAUUUUGUAAAUAUUUUCGAGAAAAAAGGGUAUGCCAAUUAGGUUUGUAAUGAACAAUCGCAGUAACUGUAACUGUUUAGUAAAAGGUGACUGACUGAAUAUGAAACGAGAAAGAAAUAAAAAAGGAGGAUCCGUAA